AUGCGCGCCCUCUUCCUCUGCGCACUCGCCCUUCUGGGCCUGUGCGCGGCGGCCAACGCGUUCCACGUCUCCGAGGAUGCCGUCAUUUCGGCAGAGGCUGCGGGGGUGGCCGAGGCUGGGUUCCAGGGGAAAGGUAUCCAGCAGCGGUUCGGGCGGUACAUGUGGACGUCCUGGGACGGCAACUGGCUCGUGGUUGCGUCUGGCGUCACCACGCGCCGCUCCGACGCGGGCCUGGACACCCAGGUCGAGUCCGGCGGCCUGUCCUACUUUAGAUACAACGCCGUCUUCGCCAACCAGAACGCCAACCCCUGGGAGUACAAGGGCAUCAUCACCCCGCGCCUCGCGCGCGACGACAAGCCCGCGCGCGGCUUGAGUGUGGAGGUGGGCUCGGUGAACGCCAACAACGGCAUCACCGCGAAGUUCGCGUGGGAGGACGCCGCGACGUGCGCGCGCCUCGCGGGCGGCACGCUCGACAACCGCGCGCCGUUCUGGACCGACGCGACGGCGAACAACAACUUCAAUUACCAGACGAACACUGGGUGCUUCGACUGGAUCACGUCGUUCGCGAUCAACGAGGACGGCACCGUGCUCGCGUACGGGUACUCCGCCGCGGGCGUGCUCGGCGCGCAGGCGGUCGCGUUCGCGACCGGCGCCUCGCAGACGCCGGACGGCAAGGCCAACGCCGGCGUCGUGUUUGUGUACGAGCGCGCGGCGAACGCGGAGACGUUCGCGCACGCCGUGACCGUCAAGUCGAACGUGCCGACGGACAACGGCAACUGCGGCGCGGUCGGGACCGUCGCGCUGUACGCGAAGACGCUCGUGAUGGGCUGCCCCGGCGACGACACGCACAGCAUCUUCGACAACACGCUCGCGACGGGCGCCUCGCAGAACGCCGCGAUCGGCGCGGGCCGCGAGGACACGACCAAGAUCCUCAACGUCGGCGCCGUGGACGUGUGGCGCAAGGAGGACGACAACAGCGAGUGGGAGCUGCGGUUCCGCAUCCUGGAAGACGCCAAGCAGCGGUCGUCGGCGCGGCAGUUCGGGUCCUGGGUGGGCAUCUGGGACGACGUGAUCGUCGUGCGGCAGGGCGCCGCGGGCCCGAACGCGCGCUUCCUGGCCUACAUGCAGGACGAGGAGAACUUUUUGCAACUCAAGGUGGUGCAGCGGCUGUGGCCGCACGCGAACGCGCUGGCCGCGCAGCCGACGCUCGAGCGCGAGGAGAUCUCGUUCCGCGGCGCGGCGCUGUUCUUCUACUCGAGCGCGACGAGCACGGCGUACGUGUACGAGCGCACGCUGUCGCGCGACACGUGCGCAACGCCGACGGGCUACGACCUCCCGCAGAGCCCCGCGGGCGCGGCGGGCAACGCGGUGGCGAACUGCUACGCGUCGAACAACUGCUUCCUCGCCACGAACGUCCGCGGCGACAACGGCGCCGGCGCGGGCCUGCCCACGUCGCUCGCCUGGAACGGCGAGCACAUUGUCAUCGGCAACCCGAACAAGGACUACCGGUACCGCGACCCGCAGCUCAACUUCCUGCAGGACGUGACCUCGUCGAUCACGGCCGCGAACGGCGCGAAGCUCACGGGCGCGAUCUUCGACGCGGGCGAGGCGCACUACUUUGAGCGCCGCUUCAGCCAGGACUCGAUCAACUACGUGGACGUCAACUUCAUGGCCGCGAAGCUCUUCGGGAACGCGGACUACUCGCGCACGCCGCACCCGACCAACCUCCGCGUGCGCAACCAGGCCGACGCGUACUACGUGUACAUCGGCCGCGUCCAGCCGAACCGCGCGCACUACUACACGCAGUGCGGGGCGUCCGUGGCCGUGGCGCGCGGGAUCGUGAGCCUGGGCUGCCCCGUGCGGAUGCGCAACGCGGCCGUGUACCCGCCGUACCUCGGCAACGCCAACCUGAUCCCCGCGACGGACACGAACCGCGUGCUGAUUCCGGGCGUGGAGGUCGACCCGACGGCCGCCGGGGCGCUGCUCGGCGUGCAGAACGACGGCUCCGGCGGGCUGAAGCCGUACAACCCGUACCGCUCCGCGGACAGCACGGACUUCCAGGACGUGCCGAGCCUGUCGUCGGGCACGCCGACGGUGUUUGCCGACGGCUUCGUGGCGGUGACCAACCUGCCGCAGAAGGCCGACGGGAUCAAGUUCCAGCAGCGGACGUUCACGGACGCGUCGGACCUGCUGUUCGGCGACGAGCUCGCCAUCGGGUUCGGCAGCGGGUGCCUGGCGAACGACGGCGACAACCUGCUGGUGGGCGCGCCGCUGGCGGACGACACGGGCAUCACGAACGUCGGCAAGGGCGUCCUCGUGAACGGGCUGACCGGCGCGAUCACGGGCAAGCUGUGCUCGAAGAUGCCCAUGGCCGGCAUGCGCCUGGGCGGCCGGCGCGGCGGGUGCGCGCUGCGCGGCAACGUCGCGGCCAUGGUCCUCGAGGCGUCGCAGGUCGAGCGCCCGAACCAGAAUGGCGACACCGACGCGCUGAACAGCCAGGCCACGGGCGGCGCCGUCGACGUGUUCGAGGGCACCACGCACGUGGCGCGCGUCUUCCCGCCGAGCCCCAACCGCGACAUGCAGUUCGGCGUGACCGGCGUGGCGCUCAUGAACUUCCCGACCGUCACCAACGGCGCGACGACCACGGACACCAUCCUGCUCGUGUCGGCCUCGCGCGACAACCACGUCCAGGACCAGAACGGCGCCGUGCACUUUGCCGACCCCAACUUCCGCGGCGACGCCGGCUCGAUCUUCGCGUACCGCCGCGCCGUGGCGACCGACGGCACGGUGUCCUACCCGCUCUACUCGACGCUCCGCGCCACGGACACGUAUGGCCUCCCCAACCAGUACAACACCAUUGGCGGCAGCGCGCUGCAGGGCGUGAACGCCGCGCUGUGGAACACGUGGAGCACGACGUUCGGCGCGUUGGUCCUCGGGCAGCGGUUCUCGCGCAACGGCUUCGACGCGUCGUCGACGAGCAGCGGCGUCGUGGUCGUGCCGGACCCGUCGGCGGCGGCGUCGAACAACGCCCUGUUCUACGACUACAGCAAGGGCCCCGGGUGCAACGCGCCGGCGAGCCGCGGGCACACGGAGGCGCUCCCCGCGCUCCGGACGGACCUGCAGACGUGCGGGGAGGCCAAGCCGGGCGCCGCGUACGUGUUUGCGUGCAACAACGCGGGCUGCACGCAGGCCGCGCGCCUGUCCCCGCCGGCCGAGCUGAUCCGCUUCGUGCAGGACGGCGGCACGGACGCGCGCAACCAGGUCAUGCAGAAGACGGGCCGCUCCGCCUCGAACCCCUUCGGCGCGUUUGGCAACGACGGCAGCACCAGCCCUUACAACGAGAACCUCAACGCGGUGUACGGCCUGAACGCGGCGGUGUGCGACAACGGCGACAUCGUCGUCGCGGGCAAGUACCCCACGUUCUCCAGCCCCAACCAGGGCGUCCUGUUUUACUACACCAAGUCGACGACCGCCAACGCGUGGACCUUUGCCUUCGACAUCACGACGCGCGACACGGGCGUCACCUCCGGCACGGCGCUCGGCACGACGUACCUCGAGUGCUCGGGCAACUACGUGCACGCCUCGGGCCGCGACGGCCGCGACGUGCUCACGGCGCACUUUGUCUUUGAGGUCGACACCACGGCGCGCACGUACACGCAGACGGGGCGCUUCCCGCCGCCGACGGACGCCGCGGGCGUCACGUCGGAGAUCCGCGUGUCGGGCCCGCGCGUGUACCGCGGCAACUCUGCGCUCAACGCCCUCACCGAGAUCUCCUUCACCAACAUCAACUCGCUGGCCGUCUUCCAGGACCGCCUCGCGACCGACCUCGUCACCGACGGGGAGUUCGCGGGCAACGACGACCCGUACCUGUGCGCGACGUGCGCGAACGGCGUCUCGCGCGCGUUCGGCGCCGUCGAGCGCAUCGACCGCGCGUACGACGGGACGGCGUUCGCGCAGCCCGACGACACGGUGGACUGGCCGCAGGGCCGCGGGGCUGGUAUCGCGGGCAUCGUCAUCGGCGUGCUCGUCGGCGCCGCGCUGCUCGCCACCACGAUCUACCUGCUGGUGCAGGUGUCGCGUAUCGACAAGGGCCUCGUGGGGGGCAAGUAG